AUGGAGGUCGUCAGUGUCACUCUUGACCUUUUGGAUGUGGAUUCCGCUGCGAUUGACGUCUUCAAACACAAGCCACACGACAUAAAGAUCCAUUCGUACACGGCUAAGGAUGGGUUCGCGAUAGACAGGGUCGUUGAGGGCGACUUUGUGGUACUGGACUCUGUUCCGGAGGGAGCCUUUGUAAAAGUGGCUCGCAGCCUCAGCAAACUGCUCUCCUUCCUCCACACAUACGUAGUGGAGGCGAAUGGAAAGGCCACAGCCACUCACUUUGUCAAGGAAGAGGGAGAAGAAGAAUGGAAGGCAGUGGAGGAAGAAGAGUUUUACAAUCGCUUCAACGCCCUCUCCUUCACAAAGUACGACUACGUUGAGAAGGAGUUCAACAUUGCCAAGAAGGUCAAGGAAUCUGAAUUCUACGUCAACAAGUCCUCCAAGUUCCCCUUUGCAGUCUACGCGGCAAACAGCACUUGCCGUGUCAAGAAGGUGGUUGACAAAAAGGCAACCAUUUGGGAGUCUAAGGACGGUGAGCUAUGCACAAAGGCUAGCUUUUACCCAAGCAGUGGAAAGCCAAGGCUUUUGUGGCUGGUAAUUCGUGACUCUGACCUGGACGAGGCCGUCUUGUACUUUUCCAAGGUUAAGAAUGUCUGGGCUUCCGUCGAUAAGACCACGUAUUUGCAGGACCUCAAAGAGGCUGGAUUCGAUUCUUCUGGGUUUGACGACAAAGUCGUUCUUGACAUUUCAAAGCCAGACAAGGAUCUCUUUUACACCACCAAGGACAAUGUGGACAUUGUGACCAUGAACAGGUACUGUGUACGUCCUGGCUUUAGAAUUAACAAGGUUGUCUCUGGCAACGAGCUCAUCUGGGAGGCCUCCGGAGACGAGUUUUGCAUCUACUUUAGGUUUGGUGCGAUCGAGAAUGGAGUGUCAAUUGGUGCCCUGUUUAUCACCAGCUCAAAGAACGAGAAUAAGAUUUUAUACUAUAAAAAGAACCUAGAUUCCGAGUGGGUUAUUGUUGGAAAGAAUGAAUACUACGCUUGUCUGGUUAACAGGAAUGAUAAGAUGUACACCCACAAGGGUGACGGUAAAAUUGUGAUGAGCAGCUUUAGGAACAAGCAAGGCAUAAAGAUUGUAACAUAUGCCUCAAAGGUAGAGAAUUCAAGGGGAAAUAUUAUUUUGGUACACGGGCUCCGUGGACACUUUACCGCGGACUAUUGCACAUUUAAUAUGGACUGGAUUUAUGAACAUUAUGGUUUCGAUAUCUUCCCUCACCUUAGCAUUUUUGACGAACCUGUCGACGCUAAAAAGGCGUCAAAUGCGGAACGCUACAAAUCCUAUUUCGAGUACAAGACCCUAGAGGGAAUGAAUUUGUUCAAUGUGCUCUGCAGAUCACAGUAUGAGGGUACCUUUGUAGAAGCUUUGAAUAACCUCGGAUUUUCCGUUUAUGGUUUGGACCUACAGUCACAUGGAUUUUCAGAGAGCGCCUUUGGAUACAGAUGUCAUGUUGAAGAUUUCAAGGAUUAUGUGCAUGACGUUUUACAGUUUGUUAGUAUCGUCAAGAGGGGCAAGUUUAGUGACUCCUCUGAAAAAUGGGAUGAGGAUUUAAUUUAUGGAGAAGCCAAGGUUGAUGCAAGAACAUUUUUGCUUGGUUUUUCAUCCGGUGGAAAUAUUGUUAUGCAGGCUGUGCAAGAAUUUUACAAAAAGGUUGGUGAUACAAAGGCCAAGUUUGUAGAUGGUCUUCUUGGUCUUUCACCAAUGCUUAGCCUUGAUAUCCACUUGGAUACAUUCUUUAAAAAGGUAGGAAGACGCCUCCUUUGGCUCAUUGCAUAUUUUUCACCAAAAAGCGUUUCCCCUGGCCAGAGCAUAUUUGACUGCGGAAUUGCCUUUGAAACUUUUGCAGACUACAAGACUGAUAUGCUCUAUUAUAAUAAAAAACAUAUUUUCAAGACAUUGGCUUCUGUUUUUGAUGCCUGCGAUAAUGUUAUUAGGGAUGAGAACAUGAAAUACUACCCUAAAUAUCUGCCAACUUUCCUUGCGCACACAAAGGAUGACGACCAGUGUGGAGUCAAGGGUCCUAGGGACAUGAUUGAUAAGCGUUUCAAGGGCAAGAGGACCGCUACCUUUGUGGAAUUUACUGGUUCUGGACAUCAUCUUGCUGAGACGCAUUAUAUCCCAGUUGUAAUUCCGUAUUUGAGUAAAUGGUUUAAUGAUAAUAUAAAGCUGGAGAUUGCAAAUGAGGCGAGUAGGGAGGUGGAAUUGGAGGUUUCUAAGAAUUCGUUUGUUAUAGAGGGUAGUUUGGAGUUAUAG